GCGUGUGUGUGUGUGUGUGUGUGUGUGAGUAAGUAAGUAAGUAAGUGGGUGUCGCUGUGCACUCGCUCGAGCGCUACACAAUGAUCACACAAGACAAGGAAGCCGUAGGAGACGGCAGCGGUUCCGCGGAAGCACAAUCAAUCUACUAAAGUCCUGUUUGCGCUCGUGUUGUUUCAGACUUCCGGUUGGACUAGGCUCGUGCCAGACAAGAUCUUGGUGGAUAACAAUGUGUCAGGGUUUAAUCUGUGUGCGCGCGCCGCGGACUACUGAGCCGCCGCGGUCCCGUUGAUCUAUGGAGGGCACGAGCACCGAGCCAAAUCCGCUACCCGAGACCCCGCUGUGUGAGACAUGGUGACAGAUGAACAUCGCGGGAAGGACCAUGGCUGAGCGGGCCAGCAAAUUCGUGCUGAUCGUCGUUGGCUCCGUGUUCUUCAUGCUCAUUUUGUACCAGUACGUAGCGCCCGGUGCGAUCAACUUCGGCUCGCCGGCGCAUGGCUACCUCACCGAGGAGGACAUGACGAUCUUCCCCACGCCGGAUCCGCACUAUGUGAAAAAGUACUACUUCCCGGUGCGGGACUUGGAGCGCAGUGUGGACUUCGAGAUCAAGGGCGAGGACGUGAUCGUGUUCCUGCACAUCCAGAAAACCGGCGGCACUACAUUCGGACGGCACCUGGUACAAAACGUGCGGUUGGAGGUACCGUGCGACUGCAGGCCGGGCCAGAAAAAGUGCACUUGUUACCGGCCGAACCGCAAGGAGACUUGGCUCUUCUCGCGCUUUUCUACCGGUUGGAGCUGCGGCUUGCACGCGGACUGGACCGAACUGACCAACUGCGUGCCCGGAGUCCUCAACAGGAAGGAGAGCAAAACAAAGAAACUGAGGAAGUUCUACUAUAUCACGCUUCUUCGGGACCCAGUGUCAAGAUAUCUAAGUGAGUGGCGCCAUGUGCAACGAGGCGCCACAUGGAAGACGUCCCUGCACAUGUGUGACGGCCGCACACCGACACCCGACGAGCUUCCCGUCUGUUACGAUGGUGCGGACUGGUCAGGCUGCACCCUUCAGCAGUUCAUGGAGUGCCCAUACAACCUGGCCAACAACCGGCAGGUGCGCAUGUUGGCUGAUCUGAGCCUGGUAGGUUGCUACAAUGCAUCCACGCUGCCUGAGAAGCAGCGUGCCCGUCUCCUACUCGAGUCAGCUAAGAAGAACCUGCGUGACAUGGCCUUCUUUGGGCUGACAGAGUUUCAGCGCAAAACACAGUACCUGUUUGAGCGCACCUUCCGUCUCCGCUUCAUACGGCCAUUUGUACAGUACAACAGUACACGUGCUGCUGGUGUUGACCUUGAAGAGAGCAACGUGCGACGCAUUGAGGAGCUCAAUGAGCUCGACAUGCAACUCUAUGACUACGCAAAGGACCUGUUCCUUCAGCGGUACCAGUACACACACAUGCUGGAGAGGCGUGAGCAAAGAAUGAUGCUCCGAAAUAGAGGCUCUUUCCACAGCCUGGCACGGGAGGAGGGUGCAGGGGGAGAGGGCACUGCUCGGCUGCCUACUGAGGAUUACAUGAACCAGAUUGUUAGUGGAUGGUAGCCCAGGAGAUCUCUCUUUAAAAAGAAAGAGAGUCACAAAGACAGACAAUGGGUGGAUAAUCCAUUUUUUCUCCAACCUUUGGACAUACAAAGUGGUUAUCAUGGACUCCUUUCCCCAGCAAUCUUUAAAGAAUAAGAUGCAACAGAAAACAGGCAAAGAUAGUGAGUGGUGGAUGUGGCCUUUUCCGAGAGAAGGGAGCAUUAUGGGCUCUCUCUCUCUCUCUCUCUCUCUCUCUCUCUCUCUCUCUCUCUCUCUCUCUCUCUCUCUCUCUCUCUCUCUCUCUCUCUCUCUCUCUCUCUCUCUCUCUCUCUCUCUCUCUCUCUCUCUCUCUCUCUCUCUCUCUCUCUCUCUCUCUCUCUCUCCCUCCCCCUCCCCCUCCCCCCCAGGAAUCUUUAAAGAGAGAGGUGCAUAAUGAGAGAAUUGAGAAAUGGUGGGUGAAGGAACCUUAUCUGUUUCAGCUCAUGUAGAAAGAUAGGGAUCAUUAUGGACCCUUUCUCUUGUUUCUCCCAGAAAUCUUUGAAAAGACAGAAACAUGCAGCGGCAGAGAAAUGGCAAAGAUCAUGGGCAAAGGAGUCAUCUCUUCCUCUGCUCACAGAUAGAGAGCGAUCAUUGCAAGCGCUCUGUCUUUCCUCCACAAAUAAGGUGGUUUGGGCCAGACCUUCAAGAGAUGGUAGUUAUUAAGGUGACUAGGGCUUUAGAGUGCAUCUUUCCAGAUGGGUGAGCACGUAUCCCCAUCCCCUCCAUAAAGCCCAGACUUAAAUGACAAAUUGUACAUGCUUAAUACAAUGAAACCAGUAAAGCGUUGUUCCAAUGAGCUGCAACACAAUUCUACAAAGCUUAAUUUUGUAUAAGAAUGGGGGGGAAAAUGUGAAUAAAAUCACUUGUCUUAGGAAAGUCAUCCAAAUAUCGGGGAUAUUUAGAAUGUUUUAUAUUCUGUGCAUAAAUCUUAAGUCUCUCCUUUUUUUUUUUGGUAAACUGAUGUGAAGUGCAGAGACUGGAAAUGUCCACAUGAGACCGAGUUUGUGUUAAGAGAGAUAUAUGUUAAUAUAUAAUACAGACAUGGCAUUGUUUUUCCAGCAUAUGUUUCUACCAUUGUAUGUGCUGACUGUGUGAGUGCUCAGCCUCUCUGGUUAUUUGAUUCAUCAGUUAAAUGAAGACGUUCUUGGCAAGACAUGUUCACAUAGAAAUAAGGUAGUGUCAUUUGUUCCAUCUACAAUCUCAUCUGCUUGUAAGAAUAGUGCGAGAAAAUAGGAUAACAAACACAAUACUUCUUUCUUGGAAAAGCAUGAAGUUCUGCUUUAAACCUGCACAAGUGUGUGAGUGAAAGUGUGUGACUGACCUAUAAUUGUCUCCCUGUGUGCAUGUAUGUGUGCGUGUUGACGGCUUUGUUUUUGUUUUUUUUUUCUUUUUCUGUUAAAUAACAGUGCAUUCAACAUGAACGAUCCAGUCUCUCAGUCCCUGCAAUUCGGCUUUAUCAUAAAGACUCCACAAUACAGACCCUCUCACAUUCCAUGCAUUCAAACUGUAAUAACAGUAAAACAAUUGGAGCCUGUGCAGCAACGUGACAUCCUGAGAUGGCACUUCAUAAACGUCCCUGUCAAUCCUCCAUGAAAGCAUACUUACCCUAAGUAAUAAGAAAGUGUGGAAAUAUGUAGCGUGCGUAUGUAUGUACAGUUCUAUAUUUGUGUGAGAGGGCAUCUUAAUAUGAGGCAUUUCAAAUGUCUCCCCUUUUGUUUUCCAUUCAUAUUCUAUAUUGUUGUACUGUAUUAGUACUUCUGUUAUGCUAAAUUGAUCUUAAAGUUACCAAUAAAAAAAAAAAAAUCUU